AGCUUUUCUCAAUCCUCAUUCCUCGCAUUUAAAUUAAUUUUCCCGAUCCUUGUUCUUUGAUCUUUCUAAUUGAUUUAAAACUUUUCUAUGAUUUAAUGAAUAUUUCUAUAUUAUUUUAUUCAAGAAUAAUUCUUGACACUUCAAGUCAAUGACCUGAUACAAAAACAAGUAUAGAAUCAGCUGAAAAUGAAAGAGAAAUGGAAUUGUAUUUUGUAUCUUAUCUGGUUCUCCUAUUUAAUUAUUGCCGGGAUAUUAAUGUUUGGGCACGGAUUUCUACUAUCACGAAAAACUCUUGAUGAUGUAUCACAAUGUGUAUCUUAUGAAAAAGUUGGUUGUGAUGGGCAAGAAAGUUUAACCGCGCCAGUCGAUUGUAAAUCUGAUAAUUUUGAACUUUUAUUGAAUAAUCCUGGUGCGCCCUUAAUAUGCUCUUCAUUGCGGAACAGAGUUGUGCUUAUAUUAGUUGACUCGUUACGGUACGACUUCACAGAGUACGACGAAAAUCUAGAAAGCCCUUUGUAUUAUCAAAAUCGGUUGCCUGUUAUAUAUAAAACCCUAAAGAAAUGGCCGGAAAGAUCCAGGCUAUACCGCUUUAUGGCAGAUCCACCUACAACUACGUUUCAGAGAGUUAAGGCCCUUGUAACCGGGUCUCUUCCUACAUUUGUUGAUGCAAGUUCAAAUUUUGCAGCAUUAGAGCUACAUGAGGACAAUAUCAUAGACCAGGUGGUUAAAAGUAAUGGUCAUGCUGUUCUCCUUGGUGAUGAUACAUGGUCCAGGUUGCUGCCAGGGCGCUGGCUUCGAUCACACGCUAUGUAUUCAUUUCAUACUUGGGAUUUGGAUACUGUCGAUACAGAGGUUGAUUCAAAAAUCUAUGAUGAGUUAAAGCAAGAUGACUGGACGCUACUACUAGCACAUUAUUUGGGAGUAGACCAUGCCGGUCACAGAUAUGGACCAAACCAUCCAGAAAUGACGAGAAAACUGAAUGAAACAAAUAAUAGACUGGAGAAGAUAAUUGAUGCACUGCCAUCUGAUGCUAUUUUGUACGUCAUUGGUGAUCAUGGAAUGACUGAAACAGGUGACCACGGUGGUGAGACGAAAGCAGAGCGAACUGCAGCUUUAUUCGCGUAUUACAAAGGUGGUCUAGCUGGUGAAGGCAGUGACAUUGAAAUCGGUAGAGAGAUACAGCAAACUGACUUGGCUCCUACGGUCACUGCGGUUAUAGGGAGUGCGCCGCCAGCUCCGUCCUUAGGCAAUGUGUUGAUGCCGCUACUGCCAAAGAUGUCGAAGACUAAUACGUUGUUGCAUUUGAGCAAUAAUUUGAAACAAAUAUCACAAUAUUUAGUGAGAUAUGGAGAAGAAUCUCAGCAAGUGUCCCUAGAUAGAUUGGCUGAACUGAUUAAUUCUACAAGAGACCAAAUAGAAAAAACUUUUAAUGUGAAGACACAAGAAGACCUUAAAACUUAUGUAGCUGAUGUCAGGACCCUAAUAGAUACCAUAAGGAACGUAUUCAGAGAAGUGUGGGUUGAAUUCGAUUCGCUAUCAAUGUUAAGGGCUCUUCUUUUGCUCCUUUUAGCAAUAUUUUUCAAUUGGAUCAUAGCUGAAGGAAUCCCAGUGGAACGAAUUCCUCAUGUAUUUGCCAGUUCCUUUGUCCCUACUGGUAUAAUAUCCAAUGCAGUGUGCAUUUCAUUGGUGUACACUGGAUAUUAUUUCGAAUUAUAUGAAGAUCUGGAAAGUGCAAUUAUUCUGACGACUGGGUUAGUUUCUGGGGCAAUAACUUGUGCGUUGGCUAUGCUCCAUUGGGAUGGAAUUACUCAGAAAUGGUACGAAGGUCGUACGCAGUUUUACGAGCGAUUCGCGCGUUCUGCUUUAUUCGCAUCUGCAGCUGUUUUAGCAUCCAACAGCUAUAUAAUAGAAGAAGGUUCGGUACUAUCGUACCUCUCUUUGAGCGUUUUGGGCGUAAUUGCCUGGAAUAUUAGUAAUUUGAAAGCGUUAGGUUUAUGGGCGGGGUGUGGGGCAGUUUUAGCUUUAUCUAGGUCGUAUAGAGGUUGUAGGGAGGAACAAGGGGAUUGUUGGACGUCCGGGGGAAAUUUGCCAACUGGGCAAGCGUCUAGGGCAGCGUUAGUUAUAGCGUUAGGUUCGGUAGCAGCUGUUGUAGCGGUUGCUAGGCGACACGUGGCUUGGCGAGGAUAUGGGAUAGUUAUAGCGGGUAUAUUUACUUGUGCUCAUUGGGCGGUGGGGUGGGGUUCACUUGGGUCGCCAACUCGUUCUAGAUUAUUGGCAAGAGUCGCUUGGCUGUUCAUUGUGACUAUGUUUGGACUUCUUUUGAAGAAAGAUCGCAAUGGUCCGACGAUUCCUUUAGUAGUGGUUGGAUUGCUGUUUUACUUGGCGAACUGUUUGGUGCUUGGCGCCUCGUAUGCGCCUGCGGCUGCAUUCGCGUUGUUGACGGGAUUUUUGGUUCUGAACAUCGUCGCUUUGAUGAAGAUUGAAGGAUCUACGAAAUAUUCUUUAUCCUCCCGGUGCAGUUCAAGCCUAGCCUGUAUAUGGGCACUACUAGCAUCCUACCACUUCUAUGGGGCUGGUCACCAUCCCACGUUGAGCCAUAUUCGUUGGACAGCUGUCUUUCACGCUGGUGACCCUAAUUACCUGCCGUUUGGACAUGUUAUAUCGUUUGUGUUGAUGACUGUCAGUUUGUUUGGUAUGCCAAUGAUGUACGGUGCGACGGUGCCUCUAUUAGCACUCUGGGGCCGCAAUGGCACUUCAUUGGGCCCCCGCUCGCAGUUGGCGGCCGUUUUCGCGCUUUGCCUCAAGUUUUCACUUUGUUUUGCUAUCAGGGUAUUCGCAUGCGCACUAUCAGCCACGAUCCAUUGUCGGCACCUAAUGAUAUGGGGCGUGUUCACACCGAAACUAAUUUUCGAAGCCGGUGCCUGCGCAUCGGCACUUUUCGGCACUUUACUCGGCGCGGCACUUAGCGCGUGGCACUUGCCAGCACAUAAUAGAAACAGUUGACAAAAACGGAACAAUGCUUGAUAGACUGAUUUAUUUUUUGAUAAUGCAAUAAUUAGGAGGUUGAUGUGCUAAAUAAAUUGUGCAAGUGGUUUGACAGGUAGGUGACUGUGCCGUUUUUUGAGUUAUCUGUGGAUUUUUUUUUAUUAUUUUCAGGUUUUUUAUGGGUACAAAUGCAACAAAUUGUAGGUAAUAAGAAUCGAGCCAGCCGUUUUUAGGUUGUUACUUGUAAAAGAAUGAUAUCCUAAAAGAAAAGUGCAAGAUUAUAUCCUUGUCUUUUUCUAAUAAAAUCCUUCAUAUUAACAAUGUGAGUCACAAAAUAUUUAAACUAUUUAUACAAAUCUAUCUGAAAAUAUUUAGUUAUGCGGCCCUAAUAAAAAGAAAAGUUUUUUAAUGAGAUGUUACUUACCAUUAAAAAGUAACAAAGUGACUAGUGACUACUGUUAUAAAUACAAAAACAAAAUAUAUAUUCACCGCUUGUUUUCAUUGCAAAAGAAACAAUAUUAUCUUUUUACUACGUUUUAUACAACCUUUGGCUGUAUUG